GUCGGGCCUACUUCUUGAUCCACUACGAUUCAUGGUCGUAGAUCGUUUUUCGCGCCCUUCAUUUUCUCUCGCCAGCCUCCUGGUGCAUGCUUGCUCCCUGCCCGAUACUUCCCUGGCGGAUUGCCUCUCCGCCGCCACUCGACCUGCCACUGCCUUCUCCGCUUCCAGACCAUGCCCCCAGUCAACUCGCCCUCUGAUCCCCCCGCUCAGUCGUCCUCCGCCUCCUCGCUCCGGCCGUUGACCGCCGUCUCCAUCCCCGUUCCCUCCCUCCCCGCGGCCGUGUCCGAUGACGCCCAUGAUGAUAACGUGAGCUUUCUGCGGUCUCGUGUGCGCUCCCCUCCCGACUCCUCCUCUUCACUCAGUCGCCAGCGCCGACGUCGACAACCACCGCCGGGGUCGGAUUUUGACCUCGAUCCGAUGGAGUUGGACGAUCCUUCGAGUUUGCGCAUCGAGAUCAACCGUCGCAUCCCCAUCGUGCGCCGUCAGCGCGACGCCUCCAGUAGCAACAACAGCAACAACAACAAUAACCCGAACAGCCUUCCCAACUACGAGGGUCGAAUGUCUAACCCGCGCUCGCUGUACGGCUGGGCUCCGGCCUCCGACGAUGAAGACGAGGAUGUACGCUACGAGCCACUGCACGAUAGCAACACCGUCUCCUGGUUCGGUCGCUUUUCCGAUCGCUAUGCGGCUGCGCGCCGCCAUGCGCGCCGCGAUGACACUGAAAGAAGCCCGCCGGUGGUACCGGAGGAACCGCCCGAAAAUAGGAGUUCUCUUCGUCUACUAAACAACCCUCCGGCGUCGAUAACAGAAACGCUGCUACAAUCAAUGCACCGUCAGGCCCGGUUCUCACGGACGCGAACGCUCAAUCGUGGAGUAGACCGGGAACGAGCCGCCCGAUAUUCGGAGGAGAGUCGGGAGCGGCCAGGGGCCACGUCAACGUCGCGGGCAUAUCAGUUUCUCCCCAGCAGUAGCCGCGGCGAGCCGUCUCGACUUCUGACUCACAAUGACCUGCGCGCCCGGAUCAACGCCCAUCGACAGCUGCAUAUGGAGAAUCCCCCAAAUCCGCGAUUGAAGGAGACUAUCCGGUAUCUGGACCGUCUGCGGUAUUCAACAUCGUUUGAAGAAAGUCUGACCUCAGCGGCCGCCGGAGGGUUCGUCCACACGGAUUUCCUGAACGGCAACGAGGAUGACUUUAUACUGGACACCACGUCAAUAGCCCCGCCGCCGAUAUGUUCAUGGCUUCGACCCGGUGUGGUAUUCUCAGGCUCGCAACGGGCGGCCAGCAGUGGCGCGUCGAUUUUCUCGCAGCGAGUACCCAGCCCUUCCUCGUCCACCCAGGAUCCGAUGAUCGUCAAUGGAAACGACAACAGCCGCAUCAGUGUAUAUACGACGACGGGGCGACGCUACUUGGCCAACAACAUCUACAACCUGGGAGGCGGGAAGGAUGAGAACUGGCCGGUGAAGGUGACGAUACACGAUAUCAAUCAGGAGGACCUGACGCUUUCAGGCACCAUGGAGGCGUACAACAUCCCGGACAAAACCUCACCGGCUCAUGAUGCCCACAUCGUUACAUAUCUGGAAGGAGAGAUUAUCGAUUUCAAUACGCACGCGCUUGAGACGAAGAAUUUCAAGGCGGAUGCCGAAAUCGACAGCACAUAUUGGCGGGAGCUGCAUCCUUUCAAAAACCUCACGGACGAGGAAAUGACGCGCAACCUUGUGAGUCGGAAAUGGGUCACGGAGCAGUUGUCCAGGGGGUGGAUAUUGAUGAGAUGGAAGGAACGCUGCUUCAUCACCCCCACCGACUCUCGACAAGGAUUGACGAUUUCCGGCUUCUACUACAUUUCACUGAAUCGCGAGAACGGGCAUAUCGAGGGGUUGUACUACGACCCAGGCAGCUCGCCGUAUCAACAGCUGUCAUUAAACCCCGAGACGAAGAAAAUGGUGCGUCCCUCGUAUGGGUUCCGAUAGUUUACAUCGGGGGGACGGCUACCACCAUGUGCGGACAUUGUUUUGUUUGUUUUGUUAGGCGUUGGAUGGUACAUAUUGUUUGCAUAGCCGGGUGUUGUCGUCGACUUAUAUUGUCCAUAACCAACCAGAGAUAUCAAGCAGCAAAUUGACAUACAUACUUUCU